GGCUCGCAUCGACAUCGACAGCCUCACAUCGCCCACACCAAAAGGGCCGCGAUGCCGCCCCACACGGCGAUAUGCAUGGCAUUGCCACGCGCGCCGCUGGUGGUCUCCUCCUCGCCGUCCGUGACCUCCAUAUCGACGCUCUCCUCGCCCCCCUCACCGAUAACACCGUCAGCCUCGGGCGCCGCAGUGGUCACCAAUGGACCCUCGGUCACUGACGGAGGGAGAACAGAACAGCACAUAUAGGUACCUGAGCUGGAGUGUCGUGUCUGUUGACGUCACAUUGUGUGUACCGGUGAGGAUAAACUUCUGCUUGCGUUCGCAGUGGUCAUCUUCUCCACACACGAUGUAGUAGGUGCCGACCUCCUCAGGGGUCCACACAAAGCCCGGCAGCCCGGCAUCGUGGUCGCCGAUGUACGUCAUCUUUGACUUGUCACAUGACUCGUAGGCUGCAGACACGCAGACGUUCACACCAGGCAGAUGAGUGAGUGCAUUGCAGGUGUGCGAUGGGCGAUGGCAUGGUGGCCACCAUGGCGUACCUUCCUCGUCGCUGGCAAGCUUGACGUCGUGGAGAGGAUCAUAGACAAACCUCAGGCUCUGCCCGAGGGCGAUGGCCAUGUCGUCGUAGACUUGGCCUUCAGGGGGGAUUACUGAGACAGACAGACAGACAGACAAGCAGACGCACAUUCCUGACGCCUGCAUAGUGUGCAGCCCCCUGCCUGCUUCAGCUCACUCCAUAGUUUGUGGCCGUCCUGAGUCACCACAUCGAUGAUGUUUGGCUGCGCAACGGCGAGGGAGAUCAGUGCGAAGACCAGGACAACAAGCAGCAUCAUGCCAGACAUCGCAGAGAAUUGAUGAGGUGACGAUGAUGAGAAGGAUCAGUCCUGAUGGAUCUUCCAAGUUGCGCGAAGCCAGU